AUGGAUUUCAGAAACUCUUUCAAAUCUCACAGCUCUUACAAACAGAUUCGUAGCCCAGGAGAUCAAAGCGAGACAAGCACUCCUGAGCACCGUCCGAUUCUCCACGAUCCCGAUAUGGACCACCACAAAACAGAGAGCUCUAGUUCUAUCCCUGAAGACUGUCGGGACGCACACGUGGACCGUGACCCUAGCUACAACUUUUGGCAAGACAACAAAACUUCCGAACAGGCGGCCGUGGCGGCGGCGGCUGCAGGAACCAGCGGCAGAGAACCAACCGUUAUGACUCGAAAGAGCGGUAGAAUAAGCAGAAGUUUCAACUUCGGAUCAGGAAAGCCCCCACCUUUGGAGGAAUCGCCCACGAAAAUGGCAGGAGGAGAGCAACGACAAUGGGGAGGAGGAGGAGAGAUCACAGUCGAUGUGGAUCAAGAGAACGACGAGGACGCAAGUCGCCACACGUUACCAACGCCAGCAUCAACAGCUCGGACAUCAUUCGACGCAUCUAGGGAACUGCGAGUCUCUUUCAAAGUCCGUGGAGCUGGUGGUAGUACAAACUUCACCGGUUCGGUUGCUUCUUCGUCUACUACUACUCCAUCGUCUUCUUCGUCCACGACACUGCGGACGAAUCAAGACACACAACAGCAGGAAGACGAGGUUGUGAGAUGCACUUCAAACACGUCGUUUCAGAGGAAGUCGGAGCUUAUUUCGAGGGUUAAGACAAGAUCAAGGCUUCAAGAUCCGCCACGAGAGGAAGACACGCCUUACUCUGGUUGGAGAUCUGGUCAGUUGAAAUCCGGGUUACUUGGGGAUAUUGAUGAAGAGGAUGAUCCAUUAGCCGAUGAAGAUGUACCUGAUGAGUAUAAAAGAGGGAAGCUUGAUGCUAUAACAUUGCUCGAGUGGCUUAGCUUAGUGGCUAUAAUAGCUGCAUUGGCGUGUAGUUUAUCAAUACCUUCUUGGAAGAAAGUGAGACUUUGGAACUUACAUUUGUGGAAAUGGGAAGUUUUCUUGCUUGUUCUUAUAUGUGGGAGGUUAGUCUCAGGAUGGGGGAUCAGAAUCAUCGUCUUCUUCAUCGAAAGAAACUUCCUCCUGAGAAAGAGGGUUCUUUACUUUGUGUACGGUGUGCGAAGAGCUGUUCAGAACUGUCUUUGGCUAGGUUUGGUUCUCCUCGCGUGGCAUUUCUUGUUCGACAAGAAAGUACAAAGAGAGACAAAGAGCAAGUUUCUUCCAUACGUAACCAAGAUCUUGGUGUGUUUCUUGUUAAGCACCAUCUUGUGGUUGAUCAAGACGCUAGUGGUUAAAGUCAUGGCUUCUUCAUUCCACGUUAGCACCUACUUUGAUCGGAUUCAAGAAGCUAUGUUUAACCAGUACGUGAUCGAGACGCUAUCUGGUCCUCCAAUGAUCGAGAUGAGCAGGAUUGAGGAAGAGGAAGAGAAGGCUCAAGAAGAGAUUUUCAAGAUGCAGAACGCAGGUGCUAAUUUACCUCCGGAUCUUUGCGCGGCUGCGUUGGCACCGGGGAAGAGCGGGAGAGUGAUGAAUCCGAAACUCUCACCGAUCAUUCCGAAAACAACGGCUGACAGUGGGAUCAGCAUGGAGCACCUUCACAGGAUGAAUCACAAGAACAUCUCAGCUUGGAACAUGAAGAGACUAAUGAAGAUUGUGAGACAUGUUUCUCUUACCACGUUAGAUGAGCAGAUGCUUGAAUCCACAUACGAAGAUGAAUCCACCAGACAGAUACGAAGCGAAAAAGAAGCUAAAGCAGCUGCAAGAAAGAUUUUCAAGAACGUAGCUCAACGUGGCGCAAAGCACAUUUACAUUGAUGACUUGAUAAGAUUUUUGCGAGAAGACGAGGCGAUGAAGACAAUGAGCCUAUUCGAAGGUGCACCAGAGACCAGAAGGAUUAGCAAAUCAGCUUUGAAGAACUGGCUGGUCAAUGCUUUCAGAGAGCGAAGAGCUCUUGCCCUGACACUCAACGACACCAAGACAGCUGUGAACAAGCUCCAUCACAUGAUCAAUAUUGUCACUGCCAUUGUCAUAGUUGUUAUAUGGCUUGUCCUUCUCGAAAUUGCAUCCUCCAAGGUACUUCUCUUUGUAAGCUCACAAGUUGUACUCUUGGCCUUCAUCUUUGGGAACACUGUCAAGACCGUCUUCGAGUCAAUCAUCUUCUUGUUCAUCGUGCAUCCUUACGAUGUUGGUGAUCGCUGUGAGAUUGACGAUGUACAGUUGGUGGUGGAGGAGAUGAACAUACUUACCACAGUGUUCUUGAGAUAUGACAAUCUGAAGAUUAUGUACCCGAAUAGUCUUCUAUGGCAGAAAUCGAUCAGCAAUUAUUACCGAAGUCCAGACAUGGGAGACGCAAUCGAGUUCUGUGUCCACAUUACUACUCCUGUUGAAAAGAUUGCAACGAUCAGGCAAAGAAUAUCAAACUACAUUGACAACAAGCCGGAGUAUUGGCACCCAUCAGCCAAGAUCAUCGUAAAGAACGUGGAAGGUUUGAACAUGAUAAGGUUGGUAAUUUGGCCAGAUCACAGAUUUAAUCACCAAGACAUGCUUGAAAGAUGGUCAAGAAGAUCCGUGUUAGUCGAAGAAGUGAUUAAGAUCCUCCUCGAACUCGACAUUCAGCACCGGUUUUAUCCACAUGAUAUUAAUGUCAAAACAAUGCCUACCGUUGUCUCCAGCAGAGUUCCACAAGGCUGGUCAGAAAACCCUGCUUGAAUUUGAUGAACAAACAAGGUGUCAUUAUUGUUGUUUUUUUUUUUUUUUUGCCUCAGACGAAUGCAAAAGCGGUCUAACAAUUUUUGUAACCAACAAACAUCAAUUAGCUUCGAUACAACAAUUUUGACCUUCUUAAGAUUUUGUUUCAACAUUUGGUUCCCAAAAGUUCUACACGAAUUAAUUAAUCUAUGACUUUACUACCCCUACACGUGCUUUUAGUAUUAGGAAACAAAC